GCACACGGUGGUCAACCGCUUUGGAUCUUUUUGCAGACAUCAGCCAGCCCUCCAUGUCCUGCUUUGGGGCAGCCGCCGCUGCGUGCGAGUUGGGUUUGGCCUGGGAGUCUGCUCUGACGCUGUUGACACGGCUUGCGCCGCUGCGCCCAGAUCAAGCACUAUUGAAUGCCAUCCUCGGUGCGUGCGGGAAGGGAAACCAAUGGGCACUUAGCCAUUGCCUGUUGCGACAGAGCUGGACAGUUGACCCGGUUGGCUUGGGUGCUGCCCUGGAG